GUUCUGCCCUGAGGGCGGGGCCUGGCGGCGCCGCGGUGCGCAGGCGCAGCCGUCGGUGGGUCGGGGCUCGGUCGUCUGAGAGACCCUGAGCAAGUCUGUGUGGCUCCUCUGGCCUCAAGAUGGACAGCAGGAAGCGUCUGGCGUAUGCCAUCAUCCAGUUUCUACAUGACCAGCUGCGGCAUGGUGGGCUCUCAUCUGAUGCACAGGAGAGCCUGGAAGUUGCCAUCCAGUGCUUGGAGACUGCAUUUGGAGUGACAGUGGAAGACAGUGACCUGGCACUGCCCCAGACCCUGUCGGAAAUUUUUGAAGCAGCAGCUGCUGGCAAGGAGAUGCCACACAGCCGGAGGAGCUCCGACUGGACGCCACCUUCUGAGGAGGACUCAGCAGAGGCAGAGCGCCUUAAAACUGAAGGCAAUGAGCAGAUGAAGUUGGAGAACUUCGAGGCAGCUGUGCACUUGUACGGAAAGGCCAUCGAGCUCAACCCCGCCAAUGCCGUCUAUUUCUGUAACAGAGCCGCAGCCUACAGCAAGCUGGGCAACUACGUGGGGGCUGUGCAAGACUGUGAGAGGGCCAUCGGGAUUGACCCAGGCUACAGCAAAGCCUACGGCCGCAUGGGCCUGGCGCUGUCCAGCCUGAACAAGCAUGCAGAGGCUGUGGCCUACUACAAGAAGGCCCUGGAGCUGGACCCUGACAAUGACACGUACAAGUCCAACCUUAAGAUCACGGAGCUAAAGCUGCGGGAAGCACCGAGUCCUACGGGAGGCAUGGGUGGUUUGGACAUCGUUGGCCUACUCAACAACCCGGGCUUCAUGACCAUGGCCUCGAACCUGAUGAGCAGUCCUCAAGUGCAGCAGUUCAUGUCAGGCAUGAUCUCCGGUACCCACAAUCCCUUGGGCACACCAGGCAGCAGUCCAUCACAGAAUGAUCUGGCCAGCCUCAUACAGGCGGGUCAGCAGUUUGCCCAGCACAUGCAGCAGCAGAACCCAGAGGUGAUCGAACAACUCAGGAGUCAGCUGCAUAGUCGGACACCAAGCACCAGCAACGAGGAGCAGCAAGAGUGAGAGCAGACCCCACAUGGUCCUGUCCCUCAGCCACUGAAGUCUCCUGAUGUUCUUACAUUUCCUCAUCGGGCUGGCUGCCCAAGAGAGAAACAAAAAGAAAUUGGACCCGCAUGUUAAGAUGGACUUGUAUCCCCCCCUUUUUUCUUCACCCUCCUGUUUUGUACUGUAUUGGUCCCAGACCCUCCUGGAGAAGAGCCAGCAGAGUGCAGGUAGCACCAUUUCCCCUGACCCCCAGCAGCCCCAGUCAUCGAUGAAGUCUUUUCUAGAAUCCCAGGGCUGCCACCAGGCCACUUAGUGAAGCAAUGGGUGGGACAUGAGCCACAGGACAUGUGGGUCCUCACGAUCCUUCCUGAAGCCCUGCCCCAUCGGAGUUGAACUCUUGGCCCCUUGGGAAUCGCUCACUGCCAGCCCUAGCCAGGUGCCAGCAUCCCCUGGACCCCUGAUCACACAUGAUGAACUUGGGUUGCAGACUCAACUCCUGCCUCCCAGCGACCUAGGUCACGUCUGACCCAUGCUCUGUGAUGUCCUUCAGCCCCACGCGUGACAGCGUGUCUUUUUCCCCCAGCCUCUUCCCAGUCUUCACAGCCAUGCCUCACCUGUCCAGCCUGGCUCUGCCGUCAGCCCUGGGCAGAGGAAUCUAGGGACAUCUAGGCCUGUCUGUGUCCCUUCUGCCAUCCUUGAACCCAUGGGCAUACAAGAAGGGAGUCCUCAGAGGGCUCUCCCUCAUGUUUGUUUGUUUUUUUUUUUGGAGCGGAGGAGGGGGGCUCAGAGUCUCCCUUUCAGCCCAGAAAUGGCCACCAGAGCUGCUUCCAUGUUGCCAGGCAACCACUGUCCCCAUGACUGCGAAUGAUGCUGGCGAUGGGAGGCCAGCGCAUAGGACAGCUGGACUGACAGCGUGUCUUGGUUGCUUUUCAGGCCAUGUGCCUGCUAGUUGCCAAGCUGUGUGCCAUAGGUAGCCAGUAGGAAGAAGGGCCCGGUGCCUGUAUGCAGGCAGGACAUGCUCAGCCGGGCGCAGACUACGUGGGAAAUAAAUAGACAUCAUGACUUGUC